GGACAAACUCAAAAAAAGAGACAAACUCGCGCGGUUUAUCUUGUCCGGUCCCUGAUGGCGGCUAACACCGUCACGCCGACAACCGCCACCGUCACCGCAUUCAUGUUACAUCAUCCCUUUCCGUUGCUACUUUCCCUCACUGGCUCAGUUUCUCUUCUCACAUUCUCAUCCACUCAGCAAUAACAAUGAAAGAAGGCACUGCACAAGCAUGGGUAGUUGCGGUAGCUUCAUUCUAUCUAUUCAUGAAGCUAACCCCAUCCAUUCCUCAACCUCAGAUGUACCAUGAUUUCGCUGAUAAGCGUCAAUUCUUUGGUAUUCCCAAUGCACUUAAUGUGAUAUCAAAUUUACCUUUCAUGGUUAUUGGUCUUAUUGGGCUUAUGCUUUGUCAUCGUAGCAAUUAUUUUAACUUAAGUUCCCAAGGUGAGCUAUGGGGUUGGACAUGUUUUUAUGUGGCUGUGACUUCAGUAGGUUUUGGGUCUGCAUAUUAUCAUCUCGGGCCAAAUGAUAAUGGCCUUGUGUGCGACAGGUUGCCGAUGACUGUUGCUUUUACUUCGCUGGUGGCAAUUCUCAUCAUUGAAAGGGUUGAUGCAAAGAAGGGAACGAUUUCAAUUUUUCCUCUAAUAAUGGCUGCUAUGAUAAGCAGUGUGUAUUGGAGGUUCUUUGGUGACAUCCGUCCAUAUCUUCUGGUCCAAACUGUAUCAUGCAUUGCUGUACCUCUCAUGGCAUUGUUGUUGCCUCCAAUGUACACACAUUCAACGUAUUGGCUAUGGGCUGCAGGAUUUUACCCUCUAGCUAUGAUGCAAGAGACUGCCGAUAGAUUGAUUUAUGCAGUGACUUUUCAUACUGUCAGUGGUCACGCACUGAAGCAUUUAUCUGCUGGAAUGGUUCCUCUCAUCUUAACAAUAAUGCUUGCAAAGAGGAGGCUUUUGCAUGCAAAAUCUACUUAAUGCAUACCGCAUUUGCUGUACCAAGGGCAAAGAAGGCGACUGAUCUCAAUGUGCAGCUAUUGGAGUCUAAGUAAUGUCAUAUCUUCUCUCCCUAUAAAAGAAAAGACAGAAAGAUUGCGCUACUAAGGGUAGGUUUUGGUAAAUAGCUUAAUUAGUCAUAGAGAUUAUGUGUUCAAACUUGUCUUUUAGUUGUAGUGUUGUACUGCAAAAGAACGAGUGAAUAAAAGUCACCAAAAACAAGGUGCUUAAUUAGUCAUAGGGCGAUUCACGUCCUAUCAAUUGUGAUACAGUGACAUUCACCAUAGGUAACUUUUUGUUUGUACAGUUUUUUAUCUUCAAAUUGUAUUUAGUAUAAAUCAAGUAUAUCAAGAGUGGAAUGGUGACCCAUUCAGCUAGUGUUAUAUGAUCUGUAAGGCAACAACUUAGUGAGCAAGCUUUUGCCGAUGUUAAAAGUUUAAAUUAAUAAUAAUACAGUAACUAUAAUCAGUAAACAAUGAAAAACGUUUUUUGUUUUUGACAUAUCAUUAUUUUGGUGAAUGCUUGGAGCAAUACCUCUUUGUCUUUGAUAGUUACCAAUGAAGCAUGAAGAUACACUUGUUAUAGCUUGUGUUUGUUUAACGUAAAACAUUGAAAUGUAUUUAUGUAGUCCUCAAAAUAUAUUAUCUAUUAUUAUAUUUCAAAACCAGUCUCACUCAUCACCUUCUAUGUGAUUUUUUAUUGCUGUGACCAUGACCACUUUACAAGUCUUAAAACAAUAGUUCAAUUAGUGACGAGCUUAGGGAUUUUUCAAUUUGUUUUAAUCACGAAAUCAAAUUAAAGUAACUACCAACUUAUUCAUAUUACAGAAUACUGAAACUCAAAAGCUCAAUGCACAUUCAAAAUUAACUUCUGUUGAAUUCAGAUGCCCCUUUCUCUGAUGCAUGUCCACCUCAGUAUAUUGACCUUCAAAGUUCAACUCAAUCUUUGUGGCCUAACAAGUGCACCUUCUCGGUCUUCCUUCGUGACAUUGUGGGAUUGUGAUAGGUACUUUGGUAUUAUGGGGUGUUUGAGUCCCACAUUGACUAGUAUGUGAUUCUUGAUGUAUUUAUUUAAGUGAUUCAGUUAUUCCCCCUUGAUAAUUGAUUUUUAAGGGAGGGUUUUCUAAGUGCUUAGAUACUUAUCUAUUGGUAUUUAGAGUUGGUUUCACUUUCA